AUGUCGUCACUCAAGGUCUUCAUAAAGACUUUACGCGCUACCAAGACUGCAAGCGACGAGCGGGCUGUGAUACAAAAGGAAAGCGCUGCGAUUCGAAGUGGUUUUCGUGAAAGGCCCAACGAUCACAAUGCCAGGCGAAAUAACGUUGCAAAGCUGCUCUACCUGUUUACUCUUGGCGUGCCAACUCAUUUCGGUCAAAUUGAAUGUGUCAAGCUUCUCGCAAGUGCCAAGUUCACCGACAAACGUCUCGGGUAUCUUGGGACCAUGUUACUUUUGGACGAAGCCCAAGAGGUCCUGACUCUAGUGACAAAUUCUCUCCAGCACGAUUUGCAACACUCAAAUCAAUACAUCGUCGGGCUCGCGUUAUGCACCCUGGGCAACAUCGCCGGACAAGAAAUGUCUAGAGAUCUCUGCAGCGAUGUUAGCAAGCUCCUUGGAUCCACCAAUUCGUAUAUACGAAAGAAGGCUGCAUUAUGUGCGAUGCGUGUCAUUCGCAAAGUGCCCGAAUUGGAGGAGAAUUUCCUGGACAGAGCCAAGGUUCUACUGGCUGACAGACACCACGGCGUUCUGCUUUGUGGAUUGACGCUUGCGACCGAUAUGUGCAUCGAAAAUCCAGAACUGGUGCCUGAUUUUGUUCCAACUUUGGCGCCUCUAACGAAAGUACUCAGGUCGUUGGUCACUUCAGGUUUUGCUCCCGAGCAUGAUGUGACUGGAGUUGCUGAUCCAUUCCUCCAAGUCAAACUCAUCCGCUUCUUUGGAGUACUAGGCAAAGGCAAUGCAGACGUGUCUGAGCAGCUCAACGACAUUCUCGCCCAAGUGGCCUCAAAUACAGAGUCGCAAAAGAAUGUCGGCAAUUCAAUUCUCUAUGAGACUGUCUUGACGAUUCUUGACAUUGAGGCAGACACGGGUCUCAGGGUUCUUGGUGUCAAUAUCCUCGGCAAGUUUUUGGCAAACAAGGACAACAAUAUCCGUUAUGUCGCCCUAAAUACCCUCAACAAAGUCAUUGAUAUUGAGCCAAACGCAGUGCAACGACAUCGCGCAACAAUUCUGGAAUGUCUGCGCGACCCAGACAUUUCAAUUCGCCGUCGUGCGCUUGACUUAUCAUUUGCCCUCGUGAACGAAGGAAAUGUGCGCAUCCUCAUUCGAGAGCUGCUGGCUUUCCUGGAGGUCGCAAACAACGAGUUCAAGCUGAGUAUGACGACGCAGAUAUGUAUUUGUGCCGACAAAUAUGCUCCCAACAAACGCUGGCACAUAGACACCAUGCUGCGCGUUCUGAAGCUCGCAGGGAACUUUGUGCGCGAGGAGAUCUUGUCUAGCAUCGUUCGGUUGAUUGCUACGGCCACAGAAUUGCACGCCUAUGUGAGUCGAAAGCUUUACAUUGCCUUGAGACAAGACAUCACGCAAGAGGCUUUGACGCUCGCUGGCGCAUGGACCAUCGGAGAAUUUGGCGAUUUACUCAUGAAUGGCGGGCAACUCGAAGAGGAUGAAGACAAACCCAGUGUUCCCAUGGCCGCUCGGGACGUGGUCACUUUACUCGACUCCAUCUUGCAAAGCACUUACGCGACGCCACUCGUCUGCGAGUAUAUUCUGACAGCAUUGAUCAAAUUGACAACUCGGUUUAGCAACUCCACAGGGGUGGAGUACAUCCAAAUUAUUUUGCGUCGCUAUCGCUCAAGUGCUGAUGUGGAAAUUCAGCAGCGCGCUCUUGAAUAUGACCAUAUGUUUGAGCAUGCCCAAUUGCGGAAAGGCGUCCUGGAACGCAUGCCGAUCCCCGAAGUCAAGGAAGAGAAUCGAGUUUUGGGCCCAACAGCCAAAUCUUCAAAGAGGAGGAAGAAGGUUGUGGAGGCCGAGAAUUUGCUUGACUUGCUUGGCGAUAAUGCACAGGCCAAUGUUCCUGCACCACAGCAGCCCGCCAAUGUCGACCUCUUACAGGACCUGUUCAAUGAUGGAACGCCAUCUCAACCCACUAUGGCGACCCCCCAACCAAACUCUGCUUCUGCAGAUAUGCUUGAUCUCCUAUCCGAAGGCCAGGAAUCGAUUGCAUCCAAAACAACCGUUAACUCGCUCCUCGAUGGCGUGAGCUUGUCAAACAUGACUCUUGAUCAGCAAUCUACUCGACCUACCUCAAUUGGCGCAUAUGCCCCUAUUGUGGCGCUUUCAAAGCACGAUCUGGAGCUGACAUUCGAGCCAAGCCGAGAUAAAAACUCGUCCGAUACGGUCCGCUUACUUGCACGCUUCAGCAACCACGGUGAAGACAUCACACAACUAGCGUUGCAAGCGGCCGUGCCUCGGUCUAUGAAGCUGCAGAUACAGGCGCUGAGCUCUACCUCGCUACAACAUGGUGAGACAGCGAUUCAAGUUCUGCGGGUUACGGCAACGCCGGGAGUGAGAAUCAAGUUGAGGCUGAAGCUAUCGUUCAGUCGCGGUGCCCAAAACAUCACCGAGCAAGCUGAUUUUAGCAACCUCCCGGCGACGCUUUGA